UAUCACGUACAAACUCACCAAUUCGACCACAGUCACCACAGAUCUUCUUCCUUCCCGAGACGCCAGGAAACGCCGGGAGAAAGCAUGGGUUCUCUGGGAGCAGCAGGUAAGCCGCACGCCGUGUGCAUGCCGUACCCGGCGCAGGGGCACAUCACCCCGAUGCUGAACGUGGCGAAGCUGCUCCACGCCCGCGGCUUCGACGUCACGUUCGUGAACACCGAGUACAACCACGCCCGCCUCGUCCGCACCCGCGGCGAGGCCGCGGUGGCGGGCGCGCCGGGCUUCCGGUUCGCCACCAUCCCCGACGGCCUGCCGCCGUCGGACGACGACGACGUCACGCAGGACAUCCCGUCGCUGUGCCGCUCCACCAAGGAGACCUGCCUUGCCCCCUUCCGCCGCCUCCUCGCCCAGCUGAAUGACCCCGCCACGGGCCACCCGCCCGUCACCUGCGUCGUCUCCGACGUCGUCAUGGGUUUCUCCAUGGCUGCCGCCAAGGAGCUCGGCCUCCCCUACGUCCAGCUCUGGACAGCCAGCUCCAUCAGCUAUCUCGGAUACCGUCACUACCGCCUCCUCAUGGAACGUGGCCUUGCCCCACUCAAAGAUGUCGAUCAGCUGACGAAUGGAUACCUUGACACGCCGGUGGAAGACGUGCCGGGGCUGAGGAACAUGAGGAUCAAGGACUUCCCGAGCUUCAUACACACGACGAACCCGGAGGAGUACAUGGUAGGCUACGUCAUCGAGGAGACGGAGCGCUGCAAGGAUGCCUCGGCCAUCAUCGUCAACUCCUUCGGCGACCUCGAGGGUGAGGCGGUGGCGGCCAUGGAGGCGCUCGGCUUGCCCAAGGUGUACACGCUCGGGCCGCUGCCGCUGGUGGCGCGCAAGGACCCGCCCUCGCCGCGGCGCUCGUCCAUCAGGCUCAGCCUGUGGAAGGAGCAGGAGGAGUGCCUUCAGUGGCUCGACGGCAAGGAGGCUGGCUCCGUCGUGUACGUCAACUUCGGCAGCAUCACCGUCAUGACCAACGAGCAGCUGGUGGAGUUCGCGUGGGGGCUGGCCAACAGCGGCAGGGAGUUCCUGUGGAUCGUCCGGCGCGACCUCGUCAAGGGCGACACGGCCGUGCUGCCGCCGGAGUUCCUGGCCGAGACGGCGGAGCGCGGCCUCAUGGCGUCCUGGUGCCCGCAGCAGGACGUGCUGAACCACCCCGCCGUGGGCGCGUUCCUGACGCACAGCGGCUGGAACUCGACGCUGGAGAGCUUGGCCGCCGGCGUGCCCGUCAUCAGCUGGCCAUUCUUCGCCGACCAGCAGACGAACUGCCGGUACCAGUGCAACGAGUGGGGCGUCGGCAUGGAGAUCGACAGCAACGUCAAGCGCGGCGCCGUCGCGUGCCUCAUCGCUGAGCUCAUGGAAGGUCAGAAGGGGAAGGAGAUGAGGAGGAAGGCGGAGGAGUGGAGGGAGAAGGCGAUCAGGGCGGCUAAGCCCGGCGGCUCGUCUCACCGCAACUUCGAAGAGCUGGUCCGCCACGUGCUCCUGGCCAAAGAGUCGUAGCUCCUCGCGUAUGAUUUCCUUUGCGCUAGUGUCGUUGUCAUGAGUGAUAAGCCAUGAGGUGAUCAGUGUUGUAUUGUGUAUUUGUGGCUACUGGCCUACUGCCUAUAUAUACUGGAUGGUGCAAUAUCACCCUGUUUGAUUUACAUUGUUCAGCCUAUUAUUGUAAUGGAUUAUCUACUCAUUAUUUUGAUAAAUUUAGA